UUGUGCCCGCUCGCGAGGCGUGAAGCAGCAAACAUGGGGAACGCGGGGAGCAUGGACCAGCACGCCGACCUCAGGGGACACAACAUGCCCCUGAAACUGCCCAUGCCGGACCCCGGCGAGCUGGAGGAGAGGUUCGCGGUCGUUUUGAGCUCAAUGAAUCUUCCUCCGGAUAAAGCACGACUGUUGCGGCAGUAUGACAACGAGAAGAAAUGGGAACUAAUCUGCGAUCAGGAGCGAUUCCAAGUGAAAAACCCACCUCACACGUACCUCCAAAAGCUGAGGAGUUAUCUCGACCCAGCAGUCACAAGAAAGAAAUUCAGACGAAGGGUACAGGAGUCCACCCAAGUCUUAAGAGAACUGGAAAUUUCAUUACGGACCAAUCAUAUAGGCUGGGUGAGAGAGUUCUUAAAUGAAGAGAACAAAGGCCUGGAUGUGCUGGUGGAGUAUCUUUCCUUUGCACAGUAUGCCGUCACUUAUGAUGGCGAAUGUGUGGACAACAGCACAGAGGCUCCAAUGGACAAGUCUAAGGCGUGGAGCCGCUCCAUAGAGGACCUGCACAGAGGAAGCACCAUGCCGUCCCCCAUCACUGGGAACGGCAUCACCCGAGUCGGGCGACAUACCAUGAUACGCUGCAACACACUGCCAAUCAGGAGAACGCUGAAAAACUCCAGACUGGUUUGCAAGAAAGAUGACGUCCACGUCUGCAUCAUGUGUCUACGGGCUAUCAUGAACUACCAGUACGGCUUCAACAUGGUCAUGUCACACCCACAUGCUGUGAAUGAAAUUGCACUAAGUCUCAACAAUAAAAGCCCAAGAACCAAAGCUCUAGUUUUGGAGCUCCUGGCGGCAGUUUGUCUCGUGAGAGGCGGCCACGAAAUCAUUCUCUCUGCAUUCGACAACUUUAAGGAGGUAUGCAUGGAGACACAGCGGUUUGAGAAGCUGAUGGAGUACUUCAAGAAUGAGGACAACAACAUUGACUUCAUGGUGGCAUGCAUGCAGUUCAUCAACAUUGUGGUCCACUCAGUGGAGGACAUGAACUUCAGAGUCCAUCUGCAGUUCGACUUCACCAAGUUAUGUUUGGAUGACUACUUGGAUAAACUUAAGCACACUGAGAGCGAUAAGCUUCAGGUCCAAAUCCAGGCCUACUUAGAUAAUGUGUUUGACGUGGGAGCCCUACUGGAGGAUGCAGAGACCAAAAAUGCUGCCCUGGAGCGAGUGGAGGAGCUGGAGGAGAACAUGUCGCAUAUGACAGAGAAGCUGCAGGACAUGGAGAAUGAGGCCAUGGCGAAGAUCGUGGAGCUGGAGAAGCAGCUGAUGCAAAGGAACAAGGACCUUGAAUCCAUCAGGGAAGUCUACAAAGACACCAGCUCCCAGGUUCACUCACUGCGGCAGAUGCUGAAGGAGAAGGACGAAGCCAUCCAGCGACAGAGUAACCUGGAGAAGAAGAUCCAUGAACUGGAAAAGCAGGGCACUAUCAAGAUCCACAAGAAGAAAGACGGGGACAUCUCAAUCCUGCCUACCCAGCCCCCAGGGUUGGAGGGUUUAAUGGGUGCCACGACGGGGGGAAGUGGUGCUGCUGCUGGUCUGAGCCAUGCGGGAGUUGCAGAUUGCACGCCUCUUCCGCCCCCACCACCUCCCCCACCCCCUCCUCUGCCAGUGAACGGCACAUUGCCAAACGGACCAUCAUCAGCAGUUCAUGCAGCAGCUGCCCCUCCUCCUCCCCCUCCACCACCCCCUCCACCUCCCCCUCCGCCCCCAGGACUGGCCUCAGAUGUAUCAGCCCCUCUGCCUCCUCCACCUCCUCCAGUGGCCCCACCACUGCCUGGAUGUGGGACGCCCACUGUGAUCAUGAAUUCCGGAUUAGCAGCCGUUAAGAUCAAGAAACCGAUCAAGACGAAAUUCCGCAUGCCCGUCUUUAACUGGGUGGCCCUGAAACCAAAUCAAAUCAACGGGACCGUUUUCAACGAGAUCGACGACGAGAGGAUACUCGAGGACCUCAAUGUUGAUGAGUUUGAGGAGAUGUUUAAGACGAAAGCACAGGGCCCAUCGAUGGAACUCACCUCCAGCAAGCAGAAAGUCAUCCAGAAGAUACCCAACAAGGUGACUCUGCUGGACUCCAACAGGGCAAAGAACCUGGCCAUCACACUGAGGAAAGUGGGCAAGACAUCUGAGGAGAUCUGCAAGGCCAUUCAGAUAUUUGAUCUUCGGACCCUUCCUGUGGACUUCGUGGAGUGCCUGAUGCGCUUCCAGCCCACCGAGAGCGAGAUCAAAGUCCUGCGUCAGUUCGAGAAGGAGCGGAAGCCCCUGGAGAGCUUGACGGACGAAGACCGCUUCAUGAUGCAGUUCAGCAAGAUCGAGCGGCUCAUGCAGAAGAUGACCAUCAUGGCCUUCAUCGGCAACUUCAGCGAGAGCGUGCAGAUGCUCACGCCGCAACUUCACGCUGUCAUUGCGGCGUCUGUGUCCAUCAAGUCAUCCCAGAAGCUCAAGAAGAUCUUAGAGAUUAUUUUGGCGCUUGGAAACUACAUGAACAGCAGCAAAAGAGGAGCAGUGUACGGAUUCAAGCUGCAAAGUUUGGACUUGUUACUUGACACCAAGUCAACAGACCGCAAGCUAACGCUGCUGCACUACAUCGCCAACGUGGUGAAGGAGAAGUAUGCACAGGUUUCUCUCUUCUACAACGAGCUGCACUAUGUGGAAAAAGCUGCGGCAGUGUCGCUGGACAACGUCUUGCUGGAUGUCAAGGAGCUGCAGAGAGGCAUGGAGCUGACCAAGAGGGAGUACAGCAUGCACGGUCACAACACCAUGCUCAAAGACUUCAUCGCACACAACGAGAGCAAGCUGAAAAAGCUGCACGACGAUGCCAAGAUUGCACAGGAUGCCUUUGAUGAAGUGGUGAAGUUUUUCGGGGAGAACUCCAAAACCACUCCUCCGUCCGUUUUCUUCCCCGUGUUCGUGCGGUUCGUAAAGGCUUACAGGCAAGCGGAGGAGGACAAUCAGCAGAGGAAGAGACAGGAGCAGAUUAUGAUGGAGAAACUUCUGGAGCAAGAGGCCAUGAUGGAGGAAGACCAGAAGUCUCCCUCCCAUAAGACCAAGCGGCAGCAGCAAGAGCUGAUCCAGGAGCUGAGGAGGAAACAGGUGAAAGACAGCCGACAUGUCUACGAAGGCAAAGACGGAGCCAUUGAGGACAUCAUCACGGAUCUAAGGAAUCAGCCUUACAGGAGAGCCGACGCCGUACGGAGGAGCGUUAGGAGACGUUAUGAUGACCAGAACCUGCGGCCGAUGAACAACGGCGAGGUGGUCAUGUGA